AUGACUCCACCUUCUCCCUCACCUGUACCUUCCGCAGUCUCCUCAGCAGCAGCAUCUCAACAUUCACAUGACCCUCGGGAUGGAGAUCCUUCGGUAACACGCGCCCUCGCGGGCAUGAACCUGUCCGCGCUGAACGGGGAGCAUCUCCCCGCCCCUCACUCUAAAGCUAGCAAAGCUACCAUGGCCACCCGCAUUUCGCGCAUGUUCACCGGUCCGGGGAAACAGACCCCCCACAAGGACCAAGAUCCUCACCGGGAUCUCUCCGACAGCAGCCUGGACAGCGUCCACCCACCCAACGGCAAAGAGAAACCGUCCUCUAAAACGUCCUCACGCCCCACCUCCCGUCCGAACUCCCGCCCCAACUCCCGUCCUCCGUCCAGAACUCCUUCGCGACAGCCGUCGCUGAAAAGUGAGCCCGUGGAGAAGAAGAAAACGCCCGGUGGCAAGGACCAGAAGGAUGGAGCCACCGCCCACAAGCGUUUUGAGGUCUUGCCGGAGGGUACCGGCACCCACUCGCAUCAUCUUCGGAGCGCCCGACGCCAGGAAAAACUGACCGACCUCCUGCGGGAUAUGCUCGGGGGUGGUCGGAAGAAGGAUGACCAGGUCGACGAGCAGCAGCUGUCACUCAUGUCGACCUGGAUCGAUCAGUUCAAACACGAGCGCGACAGGCUGGCGGCCGAUAAAAGAGGCGGUCCGAACGCGACCGCAUCCUUAGUGGAUAAAUACGGCAAAUGCCAGGAGAUUGUCGGCCGCGGCGCGUUUGGCAUUGUUCGCAUCUCGCACAAGGUUGACCCCGCGGAUUCCAAGUGCGAACAGCUGUACGCCGUCAAGGAGUUCCGCCGCCGCCCGCAAGAAACCGCCAAGAAAUACCAGAAACGCUUAACCUCGGAGUUCUGCAUCUCCUCGUCACUUCGCCACCCGAACGUCAUCCAUACUCUGGACCUCUUGCAGGAUGCCAAGGGCGAUUACUGUGAGGUCAUGGAAUACUGCGCCGGUGGCGACUUGUACACUCUGGUGCUCGCCGCGGGUAAACUGGAAGUCGCCGAAGCCGACUGCUUUUUCAAGCAGCUGAUGCGCGGUGUCGAGUACAUGCACGAGAUGGGCGUUGCCCACCGUGACCUCAAGCCCGAGAAUCUUUUGUUGACCACGCGCGGGGCCCUGAAGAUCACCGAUUUCGGAAACGGUGAGUGCUUCCGGAUGGCUUGGGAGAAGGAAGCCCACAUGACCGCCGGGCUGUGUGGGUCUGCCCCGUACAUCGCUCCCGAGGAGUAUGUUGAAAAGGAGUUUGACCCGCGCGCGGUCGAUCUGUGGGCGACCGGUGUGAUCUACAUGGCCAUGCGGACGGGACGACACCUCUGGCGCGUCGCUCGCAGGGACGAGGAUGAAUUCUACCAGCGGUAUCUGGACGGCCGCAAGCAUGAGGAUGGAUAUGCGCCCAUCGAGACGUUACACCGGGUAAGAACUGCUCACUUCCAACCUGCAAUCGCGGGACAAACACUCAUCCCUUCUCAGGCUCGUUGCCGCAACGUGAUCUACUCGAUCCUGGAUCCGAAUCCUUCCCGGCGCAUCAACGCCUCUCAGGUGCUCAAAUCCGAGUGGGUGCGCCAGAUCAAGCUGUGCAAGGCCGGCGAGGAAGGGUUCUGA